CUUUUCCGGUCCGGUCGCGAUGCUUCGCCACUUCCAUCGUUCGCUGGUCACCUGCAUGGUGUUCCUGUGCUUGUCUCUUCUCGGAAUCGUGUUCGUCACCACCAGAUCGCGUUUGCUGGAGAUGUACGCACCUCAGGCGCUGCUCGCCGCUAACGCCUCCGAGUCGUGCGUGCCACGCAAGAACAUCGUCUUCCUGAAGACGCACAAGUGCGCCAGCUCGACGGUGAUGAACAUCUUCCUGCGGUACGGAACCGAGCACGGACUGAACUUCGUGCUGCCCAAGUCUCCCUCCACCCACUACAUCGGCCACCCGCAGAUGUUCAGCCGCCGACUGGUGGCCGACAUCAGCCGGUACAACAUGACGUACAACAUCCUCACGCACCAUACGCGCUACAACGACGAGGAGGUGCACGCGCUCAUGCCGCCGGACAGCGUCUACGUCACCAUCGUGCGCAGGCCGGACUCCCUGUUCGAGUCCUUGUACUCGUACUGCAAUCUCAGCGAGAUAUUCAAGAGGAACCUGACGAUGUUCGCGCGAAACCGCAACUUGACGGGUUACCUGUCCCGACACCGCGAGAUCAAUGACCGCGUCGGGCUGAACCAGAUGUCUUUCGACCUGGGCUUCAAAGGGCCCUUUGACUCCGAGCAGGCGGUCGCCAAGUUCGUGAAGAAGAUCGCAUCGGUAUUCCACUUGGUCAUGCUCGCCGACAGGUUGGACGAGUCCCUAGUCCUCCUCAAGCACUUGCUCUGCUGGAACACCACGGACAUGGUGGCGCUGAAGAUGAACUCGAGGUACAGUGCCUUCAAGGAACACCUUUCGAACGAGACCAAGGAACAGCUCCUCCGGCUUAACUCCGCCGACUGGCAGCUGUACCAGUAUUUCGACAAAGUGUUCGACAAGAAGGUCAAGGCCUUCGGCGUCGACCGAAUGGCAGCCGAGGUCAAGGAACUACGAGCCAAGCAGAAGGAAUACUACGACCGCUGCGUCAUGGCCGAAGAGUCGAUCGAGAAGCUCUCCCCGUACGACAAGCGCAAUGACGUCGUCGCCUUCAAGUCCAAGGGAAAGAGCAAGCUCUGUCGCAGCCUCACCCUUACCGAACGCGAGUUUGACGAGGAGGUCAAGGUGAUCCAGGAGGCAAGGAUCCGGCAAUACCUCGCGAGCCACAAGCGGGCUCGGCGUCGUCGUCGCCGUCGUUCAAGCCGCGUCUCGCGCACCGCCGUCUCAGCCGACGGUGCCAGUAGAAGGAAGGCUAGGACAGAUCGGUCCAUGUCCGUGCCCUCCUGCGGUUGGCCCUCUGGCGUGGGUGUCGCCGGUGCCCCCACUGGUGUCACCGCUGCCUCCGAAGUAGCCACUGCAUAUGAAGUAGCCACCACCGGCCGCGUUGCGGUCUCCGCUGCCGUGCCCGCUUGCGUCAUUGCUUCCCCAGUCGCGGCCUCCACCGUCACUGCUGCGGUAGAUUAG